AUGGCACAACCAAACCGCCCCGUCAGCUCCGCCCUGCGACAUCCUUCGAUUGGUGGCCUGCAGAGCUCAACAGGCCAGUCACCUGUCCUACUUGCACGCAUAAGUGAGAAGAAGGCAGAGUUGGAAAAUCUGAAGCAGCUUCGAGACUUGAGUGGAGGAUUGGCUGCGCAGAUGCAAGCAUUGGAAGAAAAGCUUUCUACGCUAUCUGAUGGGACUGAAGGCAAGGACUUGAAUCUCCGAGCUUGUACCUUUCCAACCCUAAUGCGCUGCUAUUCCAGCUGUUGCCACCGUCUUGUCCAAUUGGCACAAUGUCAUGAGAGCUAUAAAUAUGGCUUCGAAGAAAGCGAUGACCAGGCGGAGACGACCGAUCCUGAACAUCGCGCGCAACUACCUCAAACAUUGGUGCGGAUCCCGAUCGAGGGCGAACGAGAGUCUCCACAAGCAUUGGGCACUCAAGGCAAAAGCACUGAAAGUUGA